AGAGGCUGCCCUGUUGUUUACCUCAGGUAUCCAAGAGAAGCGGGCAAAAGAUCAACAAUGGACUACGGUCAGUUGGUAGGGUCGACUGUUAGGCUCAACUGCUACUGACAUGUGAUGCUAGUAACCUACCUUGUGUUAAAUCUUCUCUAAUUCGACAUGGCUUCGUCAAGACAUACGGGAGAAACUUCAAGUAAGCUAUCGAAAAAAGUGGCCGAGCUAACAGUUGUUGUGCACAUGUUGUUUAAACGAAACCACGAAAAAGAGGUCGAAUAUGAAUAUUUCAAACUGCUGGUAGAAAAAGAAAUCCAGAAGAUCAAUGAAAGUUACCAUAAGCAAAUAGGCUGGCUUGAAAAACAGUUAGAGGAACAAGAGUCGUACCGUGCCAAGGUCGAAUAUAAAUUAGGUGACGCCCAAAAUCUAGAGGAGAAAAUAAUAGCGCUAGAGAAACAAAAUGAAGAAACAAAGCAGCAAGUUGUUGCCAAAGAAGAUCUUUUGAAGAUAGCAAAUUUAGAAAUUGGUGUCCUAAAACAAAAGCUUGAAAGCUAUGAAAAUGACCUUGAUACAAUGAAGAUGAAUAACGACUUUUUAUUAAAGAAGCCCCCAGAAACGGAUAGAAAUUCAAAAUCUGCAACACAACUUCAAGUCCAGAAAUCUGUGCACAGUAUCGACAAAGACAGUGAAGAAUUAGAACGAAAAAUCACUUUUUUAGAAGAUGAAAUUGAAAGAAUGAAAUCAAAUCAUGAGAAUGAAUCAACAAAAAGUUAUGCAGAAAAGAUUGCUUUACAACAGAAGAUUGACGGCUAUAACUCGUCAUUAUCGAAAGAAAUUGUUAGUUUGAAGGAAACUUUGACUACUCUUUCAUCUAAACAAGAAAAUGAUCAGAAAAACAUAUCUGAACUUGAAAAGAAAAACAAUAAGUUACAGGAGAGCUUAAAAAAAGCAGAGAAUGAUAAAAAGACACUGCAAAAGGAUGCUAAAGCAUUAAGAGAUCAGUUGAAAAAUUCCAUUAAAGAUAGUUACAAUAAAAAUACCUUACUACCAAUAGAGAAAGCUGUAUCUCAGGAAGCAAGAAUAAAAAGAUAUUUAGAAUCUCGUGACGAGGAGCUUGAAAAACUAAAGAGGGAGAUUCACAUGUACAGAAUGGAAUUAGAAAAUAGAGAAGGAAAUUUCAACAGAAUGUUUGCUGAAAAGCAGCCAGUAAUUCUUAAUAGCAAUCCUGAAGGAUAUCUGCUUGAAAGGAACCUAACUGGCACCAGAAGACAGAAACGGUCACAACUUCCAAGGUUAAAAGAGCAGAGAUCUUUGACAUUUGUUAGUGGACAGUCAAGAACUUUUUUCCAGUAUUGAUGCUUUUCUCAGGUCUAAAUUAAUUAUAUCAGGGCUGUGAAUCAUUUUUUUGCUGACAGGUUUACGUACAGAACAUAAAUUUUUGCACUUUAGCAAAACUGACCCUUUGUUAAAACAGCAUUUUUCUUACCACUGUAAUACCCUUUAAAUGCAUUUUUCUGAUACCACAUACCAUGCUUUUGGCUUUGGAAAUAUGAAACUAGUAAGUUCCUGGAAAGUUUUCAGUUGUGGUGCACCUAUUUGAUAAGUUUUUUAUUAGUAAGUUUUAAGGAUUUUUUAUACCUUCAAGCCAAUCUCCACCUUCAGCAUACUUUGUGGCAUCAAUGAUCAGAGAAAAGUCAAACACAAAAUUGGCAAUUGUACCGACCCUUAUUUGUAAAGAGCAACAUUGAUGUGUAAUUGCAAACACAAAAAAGUGUUAUUUAUCAUUUAUUAGACAAUUCCUUAUAAUGCAGAAUAUAAAUAGAAAUUUUUCUUGCAAGGGGUCAAUUCCCUUCACCCCAGUUACAACACACAAUUCACAAUGUCAAAGUUGGUCUUUACAAAUAAUGUUGCAUAAUCACAGUAUACAUUAUAUCAUCACAUCAACCCUUUUUGUGUAUUGUAUUUUGCAUAUAAUUCAAUGUUUUAUAAACAUUGUUGUUUUUUUAAGAAAUAUUUUAGCAAAUUGAUUUUGUCAUUUUGCAUUAUUUCAAUUUGAAUGAUUAAUGAUUGAAAAUAAUUAAAUUCACCUUAAGAAAAUCAAGAAAACCUCUUUCUUAUACCUCCUUAUUUAUGAAAACUACAUAAUAACACCAUAACUUUUCAACAACUUAAAACAGAUUUUCAGUUAGUGGUGUAGGCAUUAAAGGUUCACUGUAGAAAGAACUUUCGAAGAUGAAAUUAUGAGAGGUCUUAAUAGUACCAUGCAAAAUGGCUAUCAAUUGCAAUAUGAUAUCCCAUUUCAUUGUGAAAAAAUAAAAACAAAUAAUUAAAGUGAGAAGAAAGAAACCUAAAUGGCAUAUCAUGAUGUAUGAUAGUAUUUCUAGCCUUCAUUACAUGAUGUAUGAUAGUUUAUGUAUUCAAGAUUACUAAAAAACCAAGCAAGUCACUGCUACUCACAAAAUGAGUAAAACCCCACAUCUAGAAAGAAUUGAUUUCAACAAGAUCUUUUUUAAGAAACAAAGAUUGAGGCUCAUUUGGUGCCCAUUGUAAUCCCAUUCGCAGAGCAUGCCUGAUUUUUGUUGCAAGAAUUUUGCAGAAAUUAUCUGACAAUGCCAGGUGUGCCAGAACUAUCAAAUUUCCAAUCUUAAAGAGGCAUUAACCCAAAAAAUUGGCAUUGUCAAAAACAUUUUUCGUUGUUCUAGUGUGUUACUCUAAGGUCCUUAAUAAAAGGGGAGGACGCUUAUUAAUUUUUUGAUUUUUUUCUGACCCCCCCGGAGCUUAUUUGGACCCCCCGUUCAUUAAUUUUUAUAUGCAGUCAUUUGUAUCCCUCAUUUCAUUUGUCCUUUGAUCUUGCAGGUGUGAAAUUUCUGUAAAGUUUCUCUCAAAUGAAGAGGUUGCAUUGCACAAAAGUUUUAACAAAGAAAAGUAGUGACAUCCUAAAAACAUUUACAUAGGCCUGACUGAUGUACACAAUGAUAAUUAGCCUGCUCAUUUUAGUGAAACAACAAUACAUUAUUACAUGGUGAUACUGAUAAUUGUCAUUUUGCUAUCGAUUGUAUUCAGAAGAAAAUCUCAUUCGACCCCAAAAAAGAAUCAUCACAUGAUUUUUCAGAUUUUUCACAUUUCUGACCCCCCCCCACUUACUAGGACCACCCACCCCUGCUUAUUUAUUUUUUGACAAAUUUUUUGACCCCUCCAACUAUCAAGACCCUUCUAUUAAGGACCUUAGAGUAUGUGAAUAACAAAGACUAUCACAAAAAGGCACAAUAAUGUCUGGAAUACAGAAAGGGGGUCUAAUUUAGGGGAAGAAAGUUGAAGCAAGCAAAGGCGAGCAAGGGUCACCUAGAGGCCAAUACCAGAAGAUUUGUAAGUGUAUGUGAUUGUAGUCAUGCUUGCUGAAAAUUGAAAACAAACCAAUUUUGAAAGCACAUGGCCAAGAAAGGAAGUAAGAGGAACAAAUCUUUCUAUUCUUGACAAGCUCUCACAAGUGAGGGUUAGCAAGUAGUAUAAUUCUUUCAUACAUAGGUUUAAAUACCAUUAUAUUCAUUUUAUAACAGGAAAGUGUAGCAUUUUAUACCUAGUAGGCUUAGAAGAGAACUUUAUUUUUUACUGAUUUAAUUCUUUCUUGUUCAUAUCAACCUUUUUGAUUUCAUUGAUAUGAGUAGCCAUUAUCACUUCUAGGCAGAAGUUUGCUUUGUACUGAAAAAUCCUCAUCAACUGAAGAUUUUCAUUAUUAUUUCGGAUAUCACAUGAUCAAUAGAUUAUUUGUUGAUGACCAUUGGACUGCAAAAAUACUAGGUUACCAAAAAUUCAAUUGUACUAGUUUCUCUUGCUUGUUAAUUGCUACUUAUCUAUGUCUCCAAUUCAUUUUUGUCCCCAUUUCAUAUGACCAAAUCUUUUCACAAUUUUUCAGGGGUUGAAA